AUGAACCAUCAGUGUCCCAUUGAUCCAAGUAUAGCGGGCUCAUAUGAUAAAUGUGUCCUUCCAUCGGAUGUCAUCCCAAGUGACUAUGUUAUUGAACUCCAUGUCAAUCUUAAUAGUUCCGAAUUUUUUGGAUUAGUAAUUGUUGAGAUUGCCAUUGUAAAUACCACCAAUAAGAUAGUGCUGAAUGCCAAGGAUUUAAGCAUUUCUCGAAAAUCAUUGCUUAUUAUAGACUCUAAAAAUAACAUUUUAUACGACGAUAAAAAAGAACAAAUUUCUUUCGAAUUUCUCAGGGAUUUUCAAACAGGAAUGAAGGGAUCUCUUUAUGUUUACUUCCAAGCAAAUAUAGGUGACAAAUUAAUUGGAUUUUACAAGUCAACAUAUAAUACAAAUGAUGGCACAAUCAGAAGGGCAUUUCCUUGCUGGGACGAGCCAGAUAAAAAGGCAAAAUUUACCAUUUCCCUCCAGGUGCGCAACCACCUCACUGCGCUUUCAAACAUGAAUGAGAAUGUGAAUGUCGUGAAGCAUAUUUCUCUCUCCCACGAAGAGGGGUGGAAAAUCGUCAGCUUUGCCACGUCGGUAACGAUGUCGACGUAUUUGGUUGCCUUUGUGGUUGGCGAGAUCGAGUUCAUUGAAGCAUUCACGAAAAAUGGAAACAUCCCCGUUCGCGUCUAUGCACCCAUCGGCUUCAUCCACCAGGGCCACUUUGCCUUGGAUGUCGGAGUGAAGACGCUCGACUUUUUCACCGAGUACUUUGGAGAAUCUUAUCCGCUUCCAAAAAUGGACAUGAUUGCCAUUCCAGACUUUGCCUCCGGGGCAAUGGAGAACUGGGGCCUCGUCACAUACCGAAUGACCCUGCUGCUUUUUGACGACCAAUCGUCAACGCUGAAAACCAAGCAGCAGGUUGCAUAUGUCGUGGGCCACGAGCUGGCCCACCAGUGGUUUGGCAAUCUCGUCACCAUGCAAUGGUGGUCUGACCUUUGGCUCAACGAGGGCUUUGCCACAUGGGCAGGGUGGCUUGCAGCCGACCACAUCUUUCCAAAAUGGGAGAUCUGGACCGAAUUUGUGGUGGACGACCUGCAGUCUGGAUUGGCUCUGGACUCGCUCCGCUCGUCGCACCCAAUUGAGGUGCCAGUGAGAGACCCGUCUGAGAUUUCGCAAAUUUUUGACUCCAUCUCCUACUCCAAGGGCGCAUCUGUGAUCCGGAUGUUGGAAGCAUAUCUUGGGCCAAAGGUGUUCCAAAAGGGCCUUCAAAACUACAUCCAAAAGCAUCUCUACUCCAACGCCCGCACUGAUGACCUGUGGGCCGCCCUUGAUGCGACCUCUGGAAAGGACGUCACCCAAAUGAUGGCGCUUUGGACCCGCAAAAUUGGCGUACGCGUUGCUUUGGGUUUUACUUUUUUCUUAGUAUCCGGUUUUGACGGUCUCCCUUCCCACACACUCGCCGUCGACACUUGUGGUGGAGCAGCAUCGGUUCCUGUCCUCUGGAGAUGUGCAGCCCAUCGAUGA